AUGGAGUGGAAUGCAGUGACAAAUAAGAAGAAGAAGCAAAAUAACAUGGAGGAAGGACAAAGGGGUAAGCUUGCAAAGGAUAAUGAUGAGGAAAAUAGGCAGCAAAAAAAGGAAAAUGGGCAACAGAAGAAUAAUGUGAACUCGUUUCAAGCACUUACCAAUGAGGAGGAAGAGAACUCUGUGGAGAUUGUUGCAAAACAACGAAAGAAGAAGGCUGAAACCUCCGAAACAUCCAAACCAUGGGUGGAAUCAUCUUUUGGCACAUCAAAGGAUAGGGAGAAAAUGAUCCAGACUGUAGUGGAGUGCAGCCCAAAGGGGAAAACUGGGAACAAAGAAAUUCAAGAAGAGUGCAACAUGUCAAAUGAACCAGUUAGCAACAAGGAUAAGCAGUUAAUGCAAAGCAAGACUGACACAGACAAGCAGGCAGAGAUACCAAACCAAGAUGAAAGUAAAAGAAAAGAAAUCAACAAUACUCAAAAGUACGCGGAAAAAGAAAAUCACAAUGAAGAGGGGCCAAGCAAGACAGUAGAGGAGGAGGUGAAUAAAUCAGGGGCGACUGAGAAGGAACAGGAGAAAGUAAAGGUAAUGCAAGAUGUAGAUUUAAACAAAGUGCCUGACAAACCACCUGAUAAAAGCUUGAACAGAACCACUGAAGAUGAAGGAGAGGGGACUUAUAAAGAAUCGUUUGAGGAUUCUCAAUCAUCAUCAGUAGGUAAUGAAGGAACGACCAUGGAUCAACAAGAUGCAAUAAUUCCUCCAGAAACACAAUCAGUGGAAAUUAUAGAGGAAAACAUGACUGAGCACACUACCAACAACAAAGAUGAUACUUUGAACAAAGAGGAAGACAUAGGGCAACAACAAGCAGAAGAUGGUGAAGAGAAGGAAAUUGACAUUGGUGAUGAUGAUGAGAUGGAUGAGCAGAACAAAGCACAAAGCAUACAAAAGGCCAUGGUCAAGGGAGGCAUUUCACCAAGACAUUUCACAAAAAAUAAAAAGGAGAACAUCAAGAAGACUGUCAGAGAUAAAAGUGUACCCCCAUCAAUUGCUGGAGGUGUGCAAACAAGGAAAACAGCUUCGAAAUCUAAAGUUUCGCAAUGA